AUGGUAACCCCACCAAACCCUAUCGCGUCACCGAACGCGAACGGCCCAAGUGUUGCUCCCCCAAGCCUACCCAUCGGCUGGAUCGCACAAUGGGAUCCGACAACGCAACGUUAUUACUACGUUCAAACAGCGAACGGAAAAACAACCUGGGAGGUUCCAACUCAGGAAGCUUCCAACACCCCCGGUCCCCCCACUCCAUCUCCGUAUCCAGCGCCCACAGACAACUAUAACCAGCAGAGUCAACCCUCACACUCAGGCUAUGUAGAUCAGCAACAGCAACAACCAGCUUAUAGCCAAUCACAGUAUAGUCCUCAGCCAGAAGGCCAGACUGCUACUCGCGCUGGUGGAUUCGGCGGUAUCGCCGGUAGUCUCGCCCAGGGAAUGCUAGGAGGUGGUAAACACUCGAGCAGCGGGCACUCAAGUAGUUCUGGCCUCGUCGGUACCCUUGCUCAAGGAAUGCUAGGAGGCGGUAAGCAUUCCAGCAGCGGCCAUUCAUCAAGUGGUGGUGGUGGAUUGGGAGGAUUGGCAUCUGGAUUGUUGGGCGGCGGAAAGCAAAGCAGCAGUGGCCAUGGUGGCCAUGGCAGCAGCGGGGGCAGCAGCAGCUUGUUUGGACAAGCUGCUGGAAUUGCCGGUGGAUUGUUGGGUGGAGGGAAAAACAAGCAUAACACCCAAGGUUCGCAGGGUGGUUAUGGUCAGAGUGGACAAGGUGGACAUGGCACGCAUGGCGCGCAUGGUUCCAGCGGUGGUCAUGGUUCCAGCGGUGGUCAUGGUUCCAGUGGCGGAAUGCCGGGAGGACUUGGUAGCCUUGGUGGGCUUAUUGGUGGCGUGCUAGGGGGCGGAAGCCAUGGUCAAUCGAAACCGGUUCAGCAACAGAGCUAUGGUUAUGGCACCCACCAGCAAUCUCAGCAACCCCAAAAAUACGGCUCACACGGCUCCCCAUCUCCAAACCCCCCUAUAACGCCAACCCUCCCUAUGGGCAUCCUCAGCAAUCCUACCCCUCACCCGGCGCUCAAGGGCAGCAGUUUUCUGGUCCCGUUGGACAACAGCACCAAUACGGCGGCCCGGCUCCCCAGGGCGGUUACCAGGGUCCUCAGGGUCCUCAGGGCCCACAGGGUCCACAUGGUCCUCAGGGCCCACAGGGUCCACAUGGUCCUCAAAGCCCUCAAGGUCCCCAGGGCCAGUACGGUGCUCCACCGGUUCAGGGCCAAUACGGUGCCCCCCCUCAACAAGGUCAAUAUGGAGCCCCUCCUCAGCAGGGCCAAUACGGUGCGCCUCCGCAGCAGGGGCAGUAUGGCGCUCCACCUCAAGGCCAAUACCAGGGCUAUAACUCUCCCCCACCAUCCGCCUACUCCCCAGCCGGGGGUGCGCCAGGCUAUCACGCGCCCCCCACUAGUGGUCCAGGCGGCCGGCGGCCCCGGUGGCUAUCAAUCCCAACCGCCAGCUGGUGGUCCUGGUGGUCCUGGUGGUCCUGGCGGCCCCGGUGGCUACCAAUCCCAGCCGCCGGUUGGUGGUCCUGGUAGCUACCAAUCUCCUCCACCUUCAGCGGGAGGAGCUCAUGGGCCCUCGGGUGGAACUUAUCAGGCUACUUCUCCUCCGCCGACGCAGUACCAGGCGGGUGCACCACCGGCGUAUGGAAAACCAAGUCAUUAG